AGCGCCGACUUGUUCUUCACAAAAAAACCAUCGUUCUACCAAUUCUUUUUAUCGAACCAUACCGGUACGAGUACCUAAAUCGGAACACAAUUUAAUAUCAAUAACGAAACUAAAAUAUUUUAACACCAUGGAUCACUUCAGUUACCAAAAUCCGGAGCGUCAAUCCAUGGCUCUGCCUAGCGGCGCAGAAGCUAUCGUUUCGCUUAGGAGCGAUGACGAAAUUCURAUGUCUUCUCGCGAAAAAUCGACUAAAUCCACUAUCAUYGGCCGUCUGAACAUCCCUAUGAUGGUAGCACUCAUGCUGUGGGUCAUGUUGAUCACCGUCGAGUUGUCGCCGUUUGCGCUUAUCAUCAGAGGAGGMAACGACCCACAYGCAGCAGGUGCCGGAAAAGGUAGCGUUGUAUCUCAGGAAGACGACGACGACGAGUAUUCCGUGAAGGGCCUGUGGGGUUCCACYGCCUCGCUUUCUGACCUUGUCUUUGGGAUCCGCCCCUGCUCCCUCGAGGAAUGCGUCUCUUCUCCAUGCGAAGACYCCAAGACGACRAGGUUCGCUUGCCUAAGCCUGCAGCACRACAAACAGGCUCGCGGUGGCUGCGGUGCGGUGCCGUGGACGAAGACGAUUUGCGCCGACCAGUGCGAUGCCUCGGGGUGCAGCUGGCUCCUCCGGGAAAAGAUCGACGCCUCACAACUUCAGCAGCCGGGGAGCGACGAAAACGUCGUGGAAGACUGCGACACCGAGUGCCCCAAGCACUGGUGUGAACGGAAUAGGUUGUGCGGAGCCGAAGCGGCCCCGUACCAGUGCACGRCCGGUCUGUCGAUAUACGGAUGCAGCGCCGACAUGUACGAAUGGACCGUCCGAUCCACCGACACCGAUUGUUCUGCGUGCUGCAAUACGAACUUCUGCACRUGAGAAACCAAAAUACAMGAAACUAGGGCAAAACCAAUGGAACGUGACUCCCCAAGAAAUUCGGAAUGGAACUAACGAUGACAUGCAUUUUCUAUUUCAAUAAUUUGGAUGCAACCUUCUAGUUGAUCCAAAUAAACWGAGCCGGAGCAGAACAACCCUGGAAUUGUGACAUUAAGAGGAAUCAGAGCGUUUCAUUUUGCCUUUGGGUUGACAAACGCAUGGCACAUGAAAGGAACUAGAACGAAUGAAUCGAUAGAAAAUCAAUCUAGUCAAUCAGCGAUUUCUUCCUUCCACGAUCCAUGACCACCAGAAUUGGAUAUCUGGUUAASACUUGUUUCCGCGAAUCAUGGUAUUUUGAAUGGAGAGAAAUCAGAAAGAUACGAAUCAUCGCUUGACUCGCACGUAUGAAACUCCGGUUCAUUCAAAUACCCAGGUGUGGAUUAAUAAGGCCUUAAGGCCCCURUUCGCUCCAGUAUCAGUCACUCUAUACUAGCUACACCUCGAUGGUCGAAAAAGUGAACAAACAACCACCCUCUAAUCAGAAAAUGACGAAGAUGGAAGAUGUCAAAAAACGAAAAAAUGAGUAGUUGAACGUACUCCUCGUCAACUAGUAUGCUCUAAGAUCGAUGSAAUCUAGUUUGCGUUGACUAAGACAUAU